AUGCGAGACACAGAAUUGAUUCCCGCGCUAAAGGAUCUGGGCAAGCCCGUGUGCGAACCAGGCUAUGUCCUUCACCGCAAGCAAGAGGCACUGUCUGAUGCGCCUCCAGAUGCUCAACCUCCUGCGUCGCCUGUACUUGUCACCAAACCUGAUGCCCUCGAUGAUAUUCCGGAUAUGGAAAUGGCACAAGAGGCCCGUGGGAUGUCGACUCCCAAACCCAAACCCGCAAAGCUCAGUGAUGCAGACGAGCAAGGGUUUCGAACUGUGUUACCGCGUCGCCGAAAGCAGCGUGAACCUGUGCACCCACGUGUGCUACGCUCCGAGGCGGAGGAGCCUGUGCCCCCCUCGCUCGAUGCUUUUGCGGAUCCAGAAGCGGAUGAUGCCGAUGAAGGGGAGGAGAUGCGUGGCCGAUCACGUAGCCGGGGUCGCGGUCGACGGCCUUCUGUGCAAACGAGCAAGCCUGUGGGCUCCAUGAUUUCGCCCAGCAAAUCUUCUGCGUUGGGCGUCUCCCACCGACGCCCAACUCUUCAGCGUCGCCACACGAACAUAUCGUAUGCUUCGGCAGCAGCGCUGAAAAGCUCGCAGGAAGACCAAGUCAUGGAGCCGCUGACACGUGGUCGCACACGCGAUCGUGGUCGGGGCCGUAGUCAUCAUGUGGAUGGAGGGUCUGACGAUACGGAAAUGCGGCGUGGUCGACGUGAAGCUGUGAAAGUGAUACCCACGUCGCAAGAUGGUGCGGCUACUGUGGAGAGUGAGAUACGAGAUACUACGUCCUCUUCAGCUACCGGUGAAUCGCAAGUGCUGGAAGACUCACAGGCGUUGCAACGUUCACGUCUGCUUAGCAACGGCGCUCACUUACUUAUGCUGAGCUUGGAGCUGGCCAUGAUUCGACACCAUAAAAUCAACUCGCCACUGAAGCCGCGAUGGGGGAAGCGCCGAGAAGAUGAUUUCCGGCCUAUUCCAUCGAUUGAAGACCGUGCGCGGCAAUUUUUGCAGAAACAGCCAACGUUGGACAAGCAGGCGCUUCCUUCUACCAGGGCUUCUUUGUAUCAGUAUGUGGAUGAUCUCGGGUCGCGUCUCAAGUAUGGUGUGAGCGCUCCCUCUGUGUAA